AUGAAGACAAACUCUACACAGGUUUCAUAUUUCACACUAAGUGCCUACGUUGACACCGGGGUUUUUAAAUACUUGUACUUCCUGAUUGUUCUGACUUUUUAUAUUUGUAUUAUUGGUGCCAAUGUGUUGCUGCUUGUGGUUAUCUGUGUGAACAGAAGCUUACAUGAACCUAUGUACCUUUUUCUGUGCAGCCUGUUUGUAAAUGAACUGCUUGGUAGUACAGGGUUGUUUCCAUUCCUUCUGGUUCAGAUCCUCUCUGACGGUCACACUGUUUCUACUUCUUCUUGUUUCCUGCAGAAUUUCUGUUUGUAUUCAUAUGGAGGUGUAGAAUUUACUAAUUUAGCCGUCAUGUCUUAUGACAGAUAUCUUGCUAUCUGUUGUCCUCUGCAAUAUAACACCCAAAUGUCAUUUGACAAAAUUACCGUGCUUAUUGCUGUAUCAUGGAUUUGUCCUUUACUUCUGAGUCUUGUGAUGACGUCUUUGAGUGCGUCUUUACAGCUGUGUGGGAACAUCAUUAACAAAGUGUACUGUGAUAACUAUUAUAUUGUUAAACUGGCCUGUUCUGACACUACAGUCAACAACAUUUAUGGACUUAUUGUGAGUGUCUUCUCAAUCUUUUGUCCUUUAAUUAUAAUCCUCUUCUCCUACAUGAGGAUCCUUAAAGUGUGUUUCUCUGAUUGUAAGCAGACGAGACAGAAAGCUGUCAGUACCUGCACACCUCACCUCGCUUCUCUGCUCAACUUCUCUUUCGGUGGUUUCUUUGAAAUAUUACAGAGCAGGUUUGAUAUGAACAGUGUCCCCAAUAUGUUGCGUAUUUUCUUGUCGUUAUACUGGCUUACAUGCCAGCCGAUUUUCAACCCUUUACUGUACGGUUUAAAUAUGUCCAAAAUCCGCAUCAUAUGCAGAAGUCUUGUCUUUGCUAAAAUGUAA